AUGGAUAAUGUACUUCCCGUGGACGCAGACCUCUUCCCCAACAUCUCCACCAACACUUCUGAGUCCAACCAGUUCGUGCAGCCUGCCUGGCAAAUUGUCCUUUGGGCUGUUGCCUACACGGUCAUCGUGGUGACCUCCGUGGUGGGCAAUGUGGUGGUGAUGUGGAUCAUUUUGGCCCAUAAGAGAAUGAGGACAGUGACCAAUUAUUUCCUGGUGAACCUGGCUUUUGCUGAGGCCUCCAUGGCUGCAUUCAAUACGGUGGUGAACUUCACCUACGCCGUCCACAACGAGUGGUACUAUGGUCUCUUCUACUGCAAGUUUCACAACUUCUUUCCCAUUGCUGCUGUCUUCGCCAGCAUCUACUCCAUGACUGCUGUGGCCUUCGACAGAUACAUGGCCAUCAUCCACCCCCUGCAGCCCCGGCUGUCGGCCACUGCUACCAAAGUGGUCAUCUUUGUCAUCUGGGUCCUGGCUCUCCUGCUGGCCUUUCCACAGGGCUACUACUCUACCACGGAGACGAUGCCCAGCAGAGUCGUGUGCAUGAUCGAGUGGCCGGAGCAUCCCUACAGGACUUACGAGAAAGCGUAUCACAUCUGUGUGACCGUGCUGAUCUACUUCCUGCCCCUGCUGGUGAUUGGCUAUGCAUACACUGUGGUAGGGAUCACACUGUGGGCCAGCGAGAUCCCUGGAGACUCCUCCAACCGUUACCAUGAGCAGGUCUCUGCCAAACGCAAGGUGGUCAAAAUGAUGAUCGUGGUCGUGUGCACCUUCGCCAUCUGCUGGCUGCCCUUCCAUAUCUUCUUCCUCCUGCCCUACAUCAACCCAGAUCUCUACGUUAAGAAGUUCAUCCAGCAGGUCUACCUGGCCAUCAUGUGGCUGGCCAUGAGUUCCACCAUGUACAACCCCAUCAUCUACUGCUGCCUCAAUGACAGGUUCCGUGUGGGCUUCAAACACGCCUUUCGCUGCUGCCCCUUCAUCAGUACUGGUGAUUAUGAGGGGCUGGAAAUGAAAUCCACCCGCUACCUCCAGACCCAGGGCAGCGUGUACAAGGUCAGCCGCCUGGAGACCACCAUCUCCACUGUGGUGGGAGCUCAUGAAGAGGAGCCAGAGGAAGGCCCCAAGGCCACCCCCUCAUCCCUGGAUCUUACCUCCAAUGGCUCUUCUCGCAGCAACUCAAAGACCGUGACAGAGAGCUCCAGCUUCUACUCUAACAUGCUGGCCUAGGCAGAGGGCACAUGUCAAGGGUGCGGCCACCAGCCCAUCCUGUGUCCUGAUUCAUUUAUUCAUGAAAGUCUUUGAUCUGGAAUCCAUUGGAAAUACCCUAACACUGGAGCUUUUGGAAAGGGUCACGAUAGUUUAAGGAAAACAUUCCAUGCUGUAUUCAAUCUGGAUUCCUUCCUGUCCUUGUCCACCAUCCUCCAUGACUGUGACCCAAGGCAGAUCAAUGAACUUGUAUAAAAUGAAAAGGCUGGACUUGAUCCCCUACAGUGCAUCCCGUGAUUCCUGAACUGACUUCAUCUGCAUGCAGGUGCUCAUUUGGGAAGGUGUGCUGCAGUCGUAAAUCCAGCAGACCUACCUGCCUGGAGCUUCUGUCUUUCUUCAGUAAAGUCAUGCUCAGCCAUGUGCAGACUAGCUCACACCUCCAGCCUUCCACAAGACAGUGUGAAUAAGAGAAGGCGUGACAUAAAUCCAAACGAAAGCUGUAUCCCCCAGCUAAGCGCACAUGAAUAGAAAACACAUAUCCUCCUUUUUGUGACAUCUCAAUAUUUCAGUUCAUGUAAACAUCAUGGGAUGGACAACUGUGUUCUUUUCUGCAUUGUGUCCCCAAUGCAACCAGUUCUGACAGAAUAUGUCUACAGAGGCCACCUGAUGUGUAUUCUAACCAAGAGCCAAGAGACCCAUGCCAGGCUUGACCUAUCUGGGCCUCUUUCCAUCUUCGUAAAGCAACAGGGCUGAACCAAAUACUCUUAAGUAUCCUUUUGAGUCUCAGUGUUCCAUGAUUUAAUGAUGUAUAUGCUUUGUUUUACCUCUCUCUCUCUCUCUCUCUCUCUCUCUCUCUCUCUCUCUCUCUCU